UUCUUCCUUUCUUCAUUUUCUUUUUCUUUCUUCCUCUUCUUUCUUCCUCUUCUUCCUCUAUGUCUGCUGGGUUCCGGUGGAACCCAGCAGAUCUGGGUUCGGUGGAACCCAGUCGAUCUGGGUUCGGUGGAACCCAGCCAACUAGGUUCGAGACAUUAUAUGUUUGUUAUAUGUUCAAAAUGGAAAUGGAAAGAACAUAAGCAGUUGGGCAAAGAAGCUUAGUGUGUUUUCAUUUGUUUGGUUGGAAAAUGGUAUAGUUUGGGUGUUUGGAUGCCGAGAAAAUGCUUUGAAUUUGGGUGUUUGGAUGCUGAGAAAAUGCUUUGAAUUUGGGUGUUUGGAUGCCGAGAAAAUGCUUUGAAUUUGGGUGUUUGGAUGCUGAGAAAAUGCUUUGAAUUUGUUUGAUUGGUGAGAUUGGUUACUGAGAAAUUAUAAUGGCCGUUAAAGAAAAAAAAUUUAAUGGU